CUGAGGGAGGGGUUUAAAGUGCUCAGUCACUCGGUUUUCCUGGAAGCCCAGUGAAUAUAAAAAGCUGUCACACAUCCAAGAAAUGUGUCAAAAGUUUUUGCUAACUUUCGACAGCUAAGACAAUGAGCCUUAACGCAAAGGAUAAAGCCGCAGUGAAGGCUUUCUUUAGCAAAGUCAGCUGCAAGGCUGAGGAACUUGGUAACGAGGUCCUCUCCAGGACUUUAUUUGUCUAUCCUCAGACAAAGACGUAUUUCUCGCACUGGAAUGACUUGAGCCCAGGCUCUGUCCAGGUGAGGAAGCAUGGACUGACAGUGAUACAGGGAGUCCUCGAUGCUGUCGAACGGAUCGAUGACCUCAGAACAGGUCUGCUUAAUCUCAGCGAGCUGCAUGCCUUCAUGCUGCGCGUGGACCCUGCCAAUUUCAAGAUCAUCUCGCACAACAUGCUCGUGGUCUUUGCCUUGCUAUUUCCCAACGACUUCACCCCCGAGGUCCAUGUAUCGAUGGACAAGUUCCUCGCACAGGUCAGCCUGGCAAUCUCAGAGAAAUACCGUUAAGAACAACGCUCUUCUCUUUUCAACGGAGACAAUGUAUUUGACACUAAAAUGCCACUGUUAAUAUUUAGACUAUAAACAUUCUUCGUGGUUUGUACAGGCUAAUCAAGACAACAUAAAGAUCAAAGCA